AUGGCCAUGUCCGACUCGGAAAAGCACGAUCACAAGGCGCCCGAGGUCAACCCGCACCUCUACGCGACCAAUCACUCCGAUGAGGAGGUCGGCGUCGUCGCGAAGGGCGCUGCCCUCAAGACCGAUCUGCAUGGUCGACACAUGCAGAUGAUUGCGAUUGUGUUGCUAACGGGCCUGCUCUCAACAGGUGGUGCCAUCGGAGCUGGUCUGUUUAUUGGGACUGGAAAUGCGCUCUACAGCGGUGGCCCUGCUUCCCUGGUCAUUGGCUACACCAUCGUCGGUAUCAUGUUGCUCUUCACCAUGCAGGCUCUCGGCGAGUUGGCUGUCCUCUACCCGGUCAACGGCGCCUUCUACACCUACAUUGUGCGCUUCAUUGACCCUUCAUGGGGUUUUGCCGUGGGCUGGGAAUACGCCAUUGGCUGGCUUACCGUCUUACCAUUCGAGCUGAUCGCCGCCGGUGCCACCAUCGAGUACUGGAGGAGCGAUAUCAACGUGGCCGUCUGGGUCACUGUGUUCUUGGUCGUCCUCACCAUCAUUCAGGUCUUCGGCGUCCGGGGCUACGGUGAAGUUGAGUUCGUCCUCAGUAUGAUCAAGAUCGCCGCCUGCAUUGGAUUCAUCAUCUUCGGUAUUGUCGUCGACUGCGGUGGGGUUGGCGACAAGGGCUAUCUGGGGGCGAGAUACUGGUACGAUCCAGGUGCCUUCCGGAAUGGUUUCAAUGGAUUCGCAGGUGUCUUCGUUGUUGCGGCUUUCGCCUUUGGCGGCACCGAGUUGGUCGGUCUGGCAGCCGCCGAGUCCGCGAACCCGAGAAAGGCAAUCCCGCUGGCCGCUAAGCAGGUCUUCUUCCGAAUCGCCUUUUUCUACAUCGUCAACCUCUUCAUCCUCGGCCUCAUCUUCCGCGCAGACGACCCGCGUCUUGAGCAUGCCACCGGUUCAAACUCGAGGUUUUCGCCCUUUACGCUGGCCAUCCAAGACGCCGGUGUCGCCGCGUUGCCGUCCAUCUUCAAUGUCGUCAUUACCAUCUCGGUUAUCAGCGUCGCGAACUCGUGCACCUUUGGCUCGACCCGUACUAUGCAAGCCAUGGCUGAGCGCGGCAUGGCGCCCAAAUUCCUCUCGUACGUUGAUAAAGACGGUCGACCCGUGUGGUGCAUCGUCAUCCAAUUGGUUUUCGGUCUUCUCGGCUACGUCGGCGCGGCGCCGAACGGAGGCGUAGCUUUCGACUGGCUUCUGGCUCUGAGUGGUCUGGCAUACUUCUUCGCCUGGGGUUCAUGUUGCCUGGCUCACAUCCGGUUCCGAAUGGCCUACAAGGCACAAGGACGAGACUUGCGGGAAAUUCCCUACAAGGCUCCCUGGGGGAUCUGGGGAAGCGCAAUUGCUUUCUUCCUCAACAUCGUCUGCUUGAUCGCCACGUUCUACAAUGCUCUCUACCCCGACCCCAAUGCCACUCCCGACGCCGAAGUCUUCUUCCAGAAGUACCUGGCAGCCUUCAUCGUGCUAGGCUUGUACAUAUUCUGGAAGUGCUACUCUCGCGACUGGAAGAUGUGGGUCAAGCUCCAGGACAUCGAUCUGGUAUCCGGCAGCCGCCCGCUCGAGCCGGAGGAGUUCGACAGCAUCGAGUUCCACGAGAAGCUGACCCUGAAGAACUUCCCCAUGCGUGUUCUCAGGAGCAUCUUCUAA